AUGGCUUUAACUCCAUUUUUCCUCCUCUUCACAGUCCUCUCUCUCCCUUCUCUUCCAAUUUCCGCCACCGUUUCCGAUGCAUACCCUUCAAUUCCCGGAACCGUUCCUAUCGACGGAGGUUUUACUUUUACCGAUGCCCCCAAACCCAUCCGCCGAGAAGUUUACGGGGAAGGCAAAAUCUUCGACAUCAGUCACCGUUACACUCCGGAGAUGCCGUCGUGGGAUUCAACGGAAGGAAUCGGAAGGUUUCUUUGGUUAGCUGCGAGUAUGAAGAACGGAUCACUCGCUAACAACUCCGAGAUGAAGUUCCCGACGCACACUGGUACUCACGUUGAUUCACCAGGGCAUUUCUAUGAUGAGUAUUUAGACGCUGGUUUUGAUGUUGACUCGCUUGAUCUACAAGUCCUCAAUGGUCCUGCUUUGUUGGUUGAUGUUCCUAGGGAUACAAACAUAACUGCUCAAGUGAUGAAAUCUCUACACAUUCCAAAAGGAGUGCGUCGUGUGCUAUUCAGAACAUUGAACACUGACAGGCGUCUUAUGUUCAAGAAAGAGUUUGAUACAAGCUAUGUUGGAUUCAUGAAAGAUGGCGCGCAAUGGUUGGUAGACAACACAGACAUCAAACUUGUCGGGAUCGAUUAUCUAUCAGCAGCUGCAUACGAGGAUCUUGGACCGUCCCACCUAGUAUUCCUAAAAGACCGGGAGACUAUACUUGUGGAAGGAUUGAAGCUGGAUGAUGUGAAGGCAGGACUCUACUCUGUACAUUGCUUACCACUAAGACUAGUUGGAGCGGAAGGAUCUCCAAUUCGUUGCAUCCUCAUCGAUUGA